CCUCGCCGGCCCGGCCCCGCACGGCCCCGCACGGCACGGGGGUUGCCAUGACAAGCAUUUUCUCCCGUUAGCUCCGGGACCGCUCCCCCUCCAUCCCAUGGCCAGUCGCGGGGGCUCCGCCGCCAGCCGGGCGCCGUGGGACCGGAGCCGCUCCAGUUGCUGUGGUAUCCAGUCAGUCCUCCUCCUCCUCCUCCUCCUCCUCCUCCCGCUGCAGGAGCUGCACGCCGGGCGUUGCUAAGGUCGCCUCCGCGGUAACAUGCACAUCCUGUUUACACCUUCAUCCCGACAACUUGGGCUCGGAUAGAGCCUCCCGUUCCCCCCGGGAAGCCCCCAGGGAAGGGGCCACACGGAGCAUCCCCCCCCGGAGCUGCCGGAGCCGCGAGCGAGGCCGCCCCAGGAGCGCCGCGCCGGUGGCACCGUCACUGUGACAAGAUGACGAACAACGUGGCCGACCACCACCCCGGGAACUCAGUGGCCGAGGGCAACCAUGAGGGGGACUUUGGGUGCUCCUUGGUGGAGCUCAGGAACCUCAUGGAGCUGAGGAGCGCCGAGGCCGUGGCCCGGAUCAACGACUCCUAUGGCGGCGUCCAGAACGUCUGCAAGAGGUUGAAGACGUCGCCGGUCGAAGGCCUGUCUGGGAACCCCACGGACCUGGAGAAGCGGCGCCAGGUCUUCGGCCAGAACUUCAUCCCCCCCAAGAAGGCCAAGACGUUCCUGCAGCUGGUGUGGGAGGCGCUGCAGGACGUGACGCUGAUCAUCCUGGAGAUCGCAGCCAUCAUCUCCCUGGGGCUCUCCUUCUACCACCCCCCGGGAGGGGACAACGAGCUGUGCGGGCAGUCCUCGGGCGGCGUGGAGGACGAGGGCGAGUCGCAGGCGGGCUGGAUCGAGGGCGCUGCCAUCCUCUUCUCCGUCAUCAUCGUGGUGCUGGUGACGGCCUUCAACGACUGGAGCAAGGAGAAGCAGUUCCGGGGGCUGCAGAGCCGCAUCGAGCAGGAGCAGAAGUUCACGGUGAUCCGCAAGGGCCAGGUGAUCCAGAUCCCCGUGGCCGAGAUCGUGGUGGGGGACAUCGCCCAGAUCAAGUACGGUGAUCUCCUGCCUGCAGACGGGAUCCUCAUCCAGGGCAAUGACCUGAAGAUAGACGAGAGCUCGCUGACGGGGGAGUCAGACCAGGUGAAGAAAUCCAUGGAUAAAGACCCCAUGCUGCUGUCAGGUACCCACGUGAUGGAGGGCUCGGGCAGGAUGGUGGUGACUGCCGUGGGCAUCAACUCCCAGACAGGGAUCAUCUUCACCCUCUUGGGAGCAGGAGAAGGUGACGAGGAGAAGAAAGUGAAGAAAGGUAAAAAAAGCGGAGCCCCCGAAAACCGCAACAAAGCUAAAACUCAGGAUGGUGUGGCCUUAGAGAUCCAGCCCCUGAAGAGCCAGGAGGGGGUGGAAAAUGAGGAGAAGGAGAAGAAGAAGGUGAAGGUGCCCAAGAAGGAGAAGUCGGUGCUGCAGGGGAAGCUCACGCGCCUGGCGGUGCAGAUCGGGAAGGCAGGGCUGAUCAUGUCGGCCAUCACCGUCAUCAUCUUGGUGCUCUACUUUGUCAUCGACACCUUCGGGGUGCAGAAGCGGCCCUGGCUGGCCGAGUGCACCCCCAUCUACAUCCAGUACUUCGUCAAGUUCUUCAUCAUCGGUGUCACCGUGCUGGUGGUGGCCGUGCCCGAGGGGCUCCCGCUGGCCGUCACCAUCUCGCUGGCCUACUCCGUCAAGAAAAUGAUGAAGGACAACAACCUGGUGAGGCACCUGGACGCCUGCGAGACCAUGGGCAACGCCACGGCCAUCUGCUCGGACAAGACGGGCACGCUGACCACCAACCGCAUGACCGUGGUGCAGGCCUACGUGGGGGACACCCACUACCGCCAGAUCCCCGACCCCGAGGCCAUCCUGCCCAAAAUCCUGGACCUCAUCGUCCACGGCGUGGCCAUCAACUCUGCCUACACCUCCAAAAUCCUGCCACCAGAGAAGGAAGGGGGGCUGCCCCGCCAGGUGGGCAACAAGACCGAGUGUGCCCUGCUGGGCUUCGUGCUGGACCUGAAGCAGGAUUACCAGGCUGUGCGCAACGAGGUGCCCGAGGAGAAGCUCUACAAGGUGUACACCUUCAACUCCGUGCGCAAGUCCAUGAGCACCGUGCUGAGGAGCAGCGGCGGCGGCUUCCGCAUGUACAGCAAGGGCGCCUCCGAGAUCAUCCUGCGCAAGUGCACCAAGAUCCUGGACAAGAGCGGCGAGCCGCGGGUGUUCAAGGUGAAGGACAGGGACGAGAUGGUGAAGAAGGUGAUCGAGCCCAUGGCCUGCCACGGGCUCAGGACCAUCUGCCUGGCGUUCCGGGAUUUCCCUGCGGAGGCAGAGCCCGACUGGGACAGCGAGAACGAGAUCCUGUCUGACCUGACCUGCAUCGCUGUGGUGGGGAUCGAGGAUCCCGUACGGCCCGAGGUGACAAAUCCAACCUGUCCUGCACUGUUCCCGGCCCUCCUCCUGCUGCUCAGGGCUGGCAUCGCGGGCACGGACGUGGCCAAGGAGGCCUCGGACAUCAUCCUGACCGACGACAACUUCUCGAGCAUCGUCAAGGCCGUCAUGUGGGGCCGCAACGUCUACGACAGCAUCUCCAAGUUCCUGCAGUUCCAGCUCACCGUCAACGUGGUGGCCGUCAUCGUGGCCUUCACCGGGGCCUGCAUCACCCAGGACUCGCCCCUGAAGGCCGUGCAGAUGCUGUGGGUGAACCUGAUCAUGGACACGUUCGCCUCGCUGGCGCUGGCCACGGAGCCGCCGUCGGAGUCGCUGCUGCUGCGCAAACCCUACGGGCGCAACAAGCCGCUCAUCUCCCGCACCAUGAUGAAAAACAUCCUGGGCCACGCCGUCUACCAGCUCACCAUCAUCUUCACCCUGCUCUUCGCUGGGGAGAAGUUUUUCGACAUCGACAGCGGCCGGAACGCGCCCCUGCACUCGCCGCCCACCGAGCACUACACCAUCGUCUUCAACACCUUCGUGAUGAUGCAGCUCUUCAACGAGAUCAACGCCCGCAAGAUCCACGGCGAGAGGAACGUCUUCGAGGGCAUCUACCGCAACCCCAUCUUCUGCACCGUGGUGCUGGGCACCUUCUUCGCCCAGAUCAUCAUUGUGGAGUUUGGUGGGAAGCCCUUCAGCUGCUCUGGGCUCACCCUGAGCCAGUGGUUCUGGUGCAUUUUCAUCGGAGUGGGAGAGCUCCUGUGGGGCCAGCUGAUCUGCACCGUGCCAACGAGCCACCUGAAGUUCCUGAAGGAGGCAGGGCACGGCAUCACCAAGGAGGAGAUCCCCGAGGAGGAGCUGCCCGAGGACGUGGACGAGAUCGACCACGCGGAGAUGGAGCUGCGGCGGGGGCAGAUCCUGUGGUUCCGGGGGCUCAACAGGAUCCAGACCCAGAUGGACGUAGUUUACACAUUCCAGACCGGCGCCUCCUCUUUGCAGGGAGCCCUCAGGAGACAGCCUUCCAUCGUGAGCCAGCACCACGAUAUCAAAGUGGUGAAUGCGUUCCGUAGCUCCCUGUACGAAGGCCUCGAGAAACCCGAAUCCAGAAGCUCCAUCCAUAACUUCAUGACUCACCCAGAGUUCAUCCUGGAGGAAGACGAGCCUCGGACACCAUUCCUUGACGGCACCGAAGACGAGCCCGAGCCUGACGGACUCCAAAAGCGAGGUGGGGGCAGCCUGGGGGGCUCCACGGCCCUCAACAGGAACAACAACGCCGUGGACAGCGAGUUCAGCUUCCCCGAGCCCGGGAGCCCCUUCCACAGCCUGGAGACCUCUGUUUGACCUUAGAACUUGGAAUUCCCCCUCCUCCUCCUCCUCCUCUUCCUCGUCCUCAUCCACCUGGGCCCUGUGUGAUCCCAGCACCAGUAACUGAUCACACGCUGCGGUCAAACUGCUCAUGCCUGUAUCAUCAGCUGGGGUUUUUUGGGGUUUUUUUUGGGGUGGGGGUUUAAUGUGUUUUUUUCUUUUUGUUUUGUUUCAUUUUGUUUUUAUUUUUUACCGUUAUUUAGCAGUGGGAAGCAGAGUACCACCACGCUGGGUGUUGGGAGAGAGGCUAAGCCAAAAAAAACCAAAAAAAAACCAAAAAAAAGAAACCAAUUGUGCAUCUCCAUCCCUGAUUUUCUGUGGUACUCACCCAGGGGAAGCUGCCAGGUUCUUUCCUCUCCAAGAGUUGGGCUCCAGGCACCUGGAGCCACGGGGUUUUCACUUUGGAAAAAUGCAUGUUCCAAGGAAAUUCAAAUUGUUGUAGUCUUACACGCCCUCAGCCCGAAGGCUGGGGGUGCACUUGUGACUUGAGUUGAUUUUUUUUUUUUGUGGAUUUUUUUUUUUCACACGUGGUUUUUAGGGGUUUUUUCUUCUCAUGUUGGGGUUUGCUCUUUGCUUGUGGGAUUUGCUGCCCUACCCAGUGGGAAGUGGGGAGGGGCAGUCACUGCUCCAGUGUGAAAAUUAAGGAAUAAAGUAAAAAAUCCCAGCCAGGGGAAGGUGUUUACUCCAAGGUUCAGAGAUCCAGGGAUGCCCACCAGUCUUCCACCUUUGAAAAAUGGUACCUGGGCUUCUUCCAGCUCCCCCUCUGUGCGCCCACAUACGUUUUUCUCUCUCUUGUUUCCAGACUGGGAGAUGAGAAAUGAAGGUGGCUUGGCUCUAAUUUUGCUGGAGGGGAGAAAUUCUGAUUUUCCUGCAAAGGUGGAGGUGAAACUGCCAGGGAAAAAGGUGGGGAGAGUCCCCCAGUUGUGAGGAAUGCAGCUUCUUCCUGAGGAAUUCUCUAGGAAUUCUCCUCCUCUAGGAGAGGCCUCUCUGCUGCUCUUGGUCAGGGGGGAAACUUGGGGAGAGGAUUUUUGCAGCUCUCCCAGCUCCUGCCCUCCAGAGCAGAGAUUUUUGCCCUUUUUUUAGUGCUCAUGUGGUCCAGCACGCCUGAGCCUCACAGUGAUGUGGGAGGAGGCUCCAGCCAUGCCCAAAAGCUGUGGGAAUCUGAGUGGGGACCUCCUGAAUCCUGGGAGGGAUCAACCCAGCUGUCUCAUGGUCCACUGGAAGGCUCCUGGAUGAUCCCAGACUUUCCUGGGGGUUUGGCCUGGGUGGCUGCAGGUCUCCCAGAGAAGGAGCUGCUGGAGGCUUGGCCUCACCUGGCUGCUUUUUUUUGGAGGUCAUCUCCUCCCCUUGAGCCCUGCCUCACCUCCAGCCCUGGGAACAACCCAGGGAGAGUCCCUUUCCUUGGAACUGCCUCUGGAUUGUCCCUCUGGCCCUCCCUGGAGCAGGAGCAGGGUUUGGGCUCCUCCUUGCCCUGGGGGAAGCUCUGCCACCUCCCUGCUCUCCUCCAUCCCCUCUGGCUGAGAGCAUGAGCUGGAAGCGAGGCCAUUCCCAGCCCUGGAAGGGAAAACGCUGGGAUUGCAAACCCUGAGGGAGGGUUUUUUGGUUUGUUUUUGGUUUUUUUUUUUUUUGAGGAAAGGCUGGCUCUGGCUGGGUUCUCCUCCCCUGUCCUGCCAGGAACGCACAGCGGAAUCUCCCGUGCCUUGUCCGAGCACUGCCUGCAGCACCUCCUGCCACGCCAGGCCCAGAUCUUUGCCAAGAUUUAAGUGUUCCUUAAACCACAACGCAAACCAAGUGUCUCUGUGUCCUUCCCUGGGCUGGGAGGAAGAGGAGGAGGAGGAGGAGGGAAGGACGAGCUCCUUUUUUCCUGCUGAGGAAAGGUCUUUAUCCCAAAAAUCCCAAAUAUCCUGGAUAUCCUGAGUGUCCCACCCUGGUGCUGGCGAGCUGGGCUUUGUUCACUGCCAACAGCAAGAGGAAAAUGCCACCACUGCCCGUCCCCAGUGCAAAUUCAGUGUCCACCCCAUGCCCUCCUUGCCUUCCUCCCCCCAAAAAAUAACCCAGGGGAGUGAGGGGAUCUUGGGUUAAACACCAGGAAAAACAACAACAAAAACAAACCCCAAACGAGGGGUGGUUGUGGGGUUUUGGUUCUGUGCUAAAGGUGACGUUGCUUAAAAAAAAACAAAAAAAAAAAUCACUUUUUCUAUUUUAAAUACUUGCAAAAAAACCAAAAAAAAAAAAAAAAAGAGGAUGAUAUGGUGUUCUUACAAGCUUACAUAAAUAUUUAUUAAAUACUUUUUGGGGGGAUGCACCAAUAUUUUUUUUUUCCUUUUGAUAUUUUUUUUAAUACCUCAGACCUGUUGAAAAAAAAAGAAAUAAAAAAAUAAAAGAAAGACUCAAACCAACAACAACUUCAAGCCAACUUUGGAGGCUCUCAAAGUCACUCCCAGAAUUCUGUGACUGGCAGGGUUUGCCACAAGGGUCUGGUCGUUCCUUUAGUUUGCUCUAUUUUUGUCGUUCUAGUUUCCAUUUUAGGAGUGGGGGGAGGGAGAAAUAAUGCUAUAUAAAUAUUAUGCAAAAAAAAAAAAGAAAAAAAAAAGAAAAAGAAAAAAAAUCUAGUUUUCUUUAGCUCAGAAACUGAUAUUUUUACGUCAGCCAUAUGUAUUUUGUUUAAAGAAAAGAAAAUAAAUCUUGAGUCCCACCACUGCUUGAGGGCAGUUGCAAGGGACACUUUAAUUAAUUCCGUGGAUUAAUUAAUUCAGCCAUCGGAUGCCAGUCAGCUUCCUUUUCUCUGAGCAGCCAUCUUUCUACUAGCCGUGAGUUGGAUGACACAAAUGGGGUUUUUUUAUAUAAAUAUCUAUAAAUUAUGUUGGUGUAUGGCUGGUUGCUUCAAGUAUAAAUGUUUCUUGUGCAGAUUUCCUGUAAAGUUCUGUUCUUUUGGGUUAAGUUUCAGUGAUAUCCUGGCAGCAGCUGACUCUUGGCUUAAGUUAUUGAGGACAUUACACAAAAAAAAAAAAAUAUAAAUAGAGAUUUGGGGGAGAUUGGUGCUCCAAAAAAAAGGCAUGGUCGGCCGCACGGACUUUUGGGGACUUUCUGCAACAUGCCUUGACUAGGGGGAGAUAUAAAUAUCCAUAUAAAUAUAUAUUAUUAUGAAUAA